ACCAGCUUUAUCCACCACGCGCAGAAUAAACAGAUCCUCUCAGAACGCUUCAGGGAAUAAAACAUCUUGAAUCGGAGAUGAAGACGACAUUUCAUUUAACUUCGAAAACUCAGACGUUACAAAAAGCUUUCAUCUGUGCCAACACGUUCAUUUACGGUCCAAUGAAAACAUUAUUGUGCUUGGUUCGGAUUUAACCCCAUCACACUCAUGGCAGCAUGUUUGACAAUUUCUUUCAUCAAAUUGACAAAGAGCUUGGACCUCUUAAUCCUGACUGGUUUGAGGAGUUGACUGCAAAAGCUUCCAGAGAUGAAGGACGUCCUAACAGUUCAAAAGGUGAGGAGGAGGAGAAGACUGUCAAAGUACCAGAGACAUCAGCCCUGGCCAGUCAGCUGUUUUCUACACCCAAAAUAUUCAAGCAACCACACUUUCAGUCCCCUGCUUCCAUUCCUAAUGAAGAGUCUCCUUAUGAAGCGGUUAAUGGAGACUCAUCAGCAUUUCCCUGGACAGAAUCAAGCCCUUGUUUGUUUGGUUCAGCCAAAGACAGUCAAAGGUUUGAUGGAUCCUGUGAAAAACCUGGAGAUAGCUUUGGCCUUCUGGAUACACCAAAAAGGUCUUUGGCAUGCUCGGCAAAACAGAUAUCGGAGAGCCUUGGGGCACAAAUCAACCCUGACUUAUCCUGGACCAGCUCCUUUAACACACCAUCCUCUUUGACUCCCACUGUGAUAUUGCCCAAAACAGAGGAACGCGCUCUAUCAGUAAGUGGCCUCAAAGACAAGGAAGCAAUUUUUGUGCGGAAACUCUUCCCAUCUCUCUCGAAAGGCUCUGCAAGCAAUGCAACAUUGAAUGAUACAACACUAAAACAAGAGGUGAUUGCCGAAAGUGAGACUCUUCAGUCUGAUGACCUGGGAGAAAAGCCUGUUUGCUCUCUAAAUUCAUCUCUUGAUACAAGUGGUCUGUGGAAGCAGAAGGUUCCCAGCGCUAUAGAGGAUGGGGACGUCCGCAACACAGUGCAGAAUGUUCUUGAUGGUGCCGAGGACGUGUUGUCAAUAUUCUUUAGCAACAGCACUUCAACUCUGCGAAGAAUCAAAACCAAAGAGAGGAUCAGAAGGAGAAUAACAGAUUCCUCAAAAGAUGUCAAAUCAGUUGUUCUAACUUCAGAGUCAGAAGAGAUAUUAAAGGAUGAUGUAGAAACAAAAAGCCCCUGCAAAAACAAAGAUAUCACUCAAUGGACCCCCCUAAGUUUAUCAGAAUCCACUCUUAAUGGAGACUGUUCAACCGCGUCUUUGAUAAACAAUCACAACACUGUAGCAUCCAGUGAAAUUAAUGGUUGUACUGUUUUCAACUGCAUUGCAGAAAGUAGCCAAACUUUUUCACAGACUGUAAGACUCAAGUCUUAUCCAGAAGGAGCUCAGUGUCAGAAGUCUUUGUUAGACAAAUCGCCUGCUUUCAUGCUUUCUAGAAAGUCCAGAAAGUUUGUGUAUCAAGUGCCAAGUUCAGAUCUGUCAAAGACAGUAAUUGGACACAAAGAAACUCAACCAGUAUGUUUCGACCAAACACUCAAAGAAAAUCCCUCAGUGGAAGAGGUGUCUAGUGACCUUAAUGAAUCCACAGUCGCCAGUGAAAAUGCAAUCAAUAAUCAUACACAGCCACAAGACUUCAAACAGUUAUCUACAGAAAUCCAUGAUCUUGAUCUAGGACUGGAUAUGACGCAGCUUUCCAAGGCAUUUGCAGAGGAUUUCACACAAGAAAUAAUGCCAGGAGCACUGCUUGACCUGGCUGUACAGAAUGAUCAAAAUGGCCAAAUGCAACAUAAAGCAGAACUUGAGGAGAAGAACGAAGAUGGUAGUCACAGUGACUUCUGUAAUUUAGCAGACAUAUCUAUGAACUCUCCAAACAAGUCAACAGUCAUGCUUACAACUUUUGAAAUCAGCCACGACAGUGGUUGCCCCACCACCUUUUCAGAUUUGGAUGGUACAACAACCUCGUGUGCAGACAUCAAAGAGUUUUUACCUUCUUUUAAAAUGGCAAACAACAAGGCCAUUUCCAUACCAAAUAAGGCUAUAAUGAAGGCCAAAGCAUCAUUAGAUGAAGCUGCAGGGGAUGUUUUGAUCAACACCUUAAAUAGAACUACUCCAAAACAUGAUCAAACGAUAGAAACAUUGUGCAAAUCAGUUUCGGGAAGCACUAAUGCAAACCGAUCGCCCAUAGAACAAUCCAUCUUCCCUAACCAUGCGUCAAGACUGUGUGUUAGUGAUGCUCCAAGGAGUGACAGUCCAAAGAGCUUUAAAAUUAAUAUUUCAAGCUGUUCUUCACCUCAGUCAAAUGAAUCCGAUUAUAAAACCGGUUCAAAGAGGAAUAUUGCAGUUUCAAAUGUUGGCUUUCAAACAGAGACUCUUUUGAAAGAGGAAUUGGGGAGUGGUUCAGACUCGUCAAAGUGCAUUCAUCAAAAAUUGGAUUUCAAAAGAAGUGCUGAAAGGCAGACUAUGUUCAACAUUAACAGCACACACAAACCCACUGCAGUGGACUCCAGCCGUGAAGAUGAUGAGGACAAUGGCACUUUGACAGCAUCUCAAAAGGCUGAUGUUACAGAAUUGUGCAAUCUUUUGGAGGAAGCAAAUAGUCAACAUGAAUUUACCCAGUUCAAACCAACAAAUCAUGGCUCAGACAACCACACUACAGAGAAAGAGUGGGAUCCCGAUAUACUCUACGGCAUCGACUUUGAUGAUAGUUUUAACUGUGAUGUUGUGAAAGGAAAGCAUCCCGUCAAGACGGACUCUUCUUCAGUAAACACUUCUGAUCAUAUUCAAAUUGUAGAUGCUGCCAAAUUACCAUGCACCAUGUCAAAGGAAACACGAAAUGGCAUUGUACCUUUGUCAGUGGCUGAAGACAGUUCUUUAGUUGAUGGAAUUAAGAGUAUACGGUCUCAUUUCAGUGAUAAUACUCCAGUCCAUUUUUUCGGUUUUAAAACUGCUAAAGGGGAAGCUAUGAGUAUAUCAGAAAAGAGUUUAAACAAUGCAAGGCACUUUUUUGAAGAGUAUGAUCAAAAAGCCAUAUAUAAUAAAGAAGUCAAGGUGGACAUCGGAGUAAUAAAGCCAGAGCAUGUUGAAACAGAGCCUACAUUCAGUACUUUUGACAGUAUGAGCACAGAAAAUAAAACCUACCUUCAGAUUAAACAAGUAAAUUUCAGCUCUGGAAAUGUAAAUGCAGCGUGUAAAGAGAUACAUAAGCAAGUGACAGAAAAUGAAAGAAAAGAGCAGAAUUGUUUGGGUGAAAAAACUAAAGCAAUUUCUUGGAGUAAUACCUCUAUAAAAAUAAGUCAGCCGCACUUAGUAACCAAAAUAUCUGAUGGCGUGGAUAAGCUUUCCUUCAACAGCGAGAAGGUCUUUCAAGAACAGAAAUCUAGCAGUGAUCCUAAAGAAGUUUUCGCAAAGAUUUUUCCCUCAGAAACUUUUUCGCCUCAGUCAGAGGAAGGCUAUGGCUUUCAGACCGCCAGCGGGAAAGGAGUUUCAGUUUCAGCCAGUGCCCUUAAGAAGGCAAAGGCCAUAUUUAAAGACUGUGAUGAAAAUAUUGACUUGGAAUCUGCGAAAAUGGAGGGAAUCAAUGACAAACUGGAUGUUGAAAUCAACCGAGUAAAUGCAUUUACUCCAAACUGUAAACGUGUGACAUUUUCAAAUGUGUCACACAUGGAGGCCAGCACUGUUCUCAGAGACUCUGAACUGACUGAUGACUUCUUAUUGCUGCCCUCUUCAGUCCAGCAACCCCCUCAGGAAGAAGUAUGUGAGGAGAAAGGCCUUCAAAGUGACUUUUCUAAGCAUCCUUAUGAGUUGCUUCCUCCUAAUGGCAACUGUGGUUUCAGUACUGCCAGUGGUAAGAAGGUGUCCAUCACAGCUGGAGCACUACAAAGUGGUAAGGAUCUGUUAUCUGAGUCUGUUGAUGUUUUCUCAUGUGCUGAUGGAUCUCCAAAGACAAAGCAGGUUGUUGAUAUCCAAACCGACACUAGCUCUAUAAGAAAACACAAAGGAUUCUCUACAGCAGGUGGGAAGAAGGUGGCUGUCUCUGCUGCUGGGCUGCAAAAGGCAAAGAAUCUCUUCAGAGAUUGUGAAGAAGAGCGCUUAUCAUUUGAAGAUCUUCAGCACCAAAACUUUAAAGGUUUCAGUGAUGUCUCAAAAAAGCCACUGACUAAGAUAAGAACGGCAUUUGCAGGUUGCCGUGACGUCUCCUUCAGCCAUGAGCAUGAGACUGGGAAUUCUUCAGGAAAAAACAUAGGAUUCACUACAGCCGGUGGGAAGAAGGUGGCCUUCUCUGCUACUGCCCUGCAAAGGGCAAAUAGUCUUUUUAAAGAUUGUGAAGAGGAGAGUUUAGCUUCUGGGAGUCUUCAGCACCAAGUCUGUCAAGGUUUCAGCACUGCCAGUGGCAAAGAUGUUACCGUCUCCGAAAAGGCACUGAGUGAGGUUAGAGCAGCAUUUGCAGGAUGUGAUGACACCUCCUUUUGUCAUGAGCCUGAAAAUUCUUCAAGAAACAACAUAGGAUUCUCUACAGCAGGUGGGAAGAAGGUGGCCGUCUCUGCUACUGCAGUUCAGAGGGCCAAGAGUCUUUUUAAAGAUUGUGAAGAGGAAAAUUUAUCAUCUGAGGAAGUCCCACCUCAAGCUAAGAGUUCUCAUAAAAGCAGUGAGGACAUGGUGGAUUUAAACCUAAAGUUUGAACAACUAAACAAGAAAAAUUAUGGUUUCAGUACUGCGAGUGGGAAAGGUGUGUCCGUAUCAAAAGCUACCCUUGAGGAGGCUUCUAAAUUAUUCAGAGAUUGUGACGCCCAAGUUACUGUUACUGAUAGCCAGCUGCUACAGAGUGAUUCCUCAAAAUGCCGUCCUCAACAUAAAGAUAGACAAACCAAAACCACUCUGCGUCCUUUGCCAUCUAAAACAACUCAGAAUGAACCUGCACAACUAGACUUGCACUCUUUGAAUUUUAACAGUUGCACAGACACCCAGCAGAAGUACUUUGAGCAGGAAGCAAUGGCUUGCACUAAAGCUUUACUGGCAGAUGAUAACCUGAAUGAAUCAGGCAGUUUGGCGAUGACAGAGGACCAAAAAUGUCAAUCUGUUAAUGAUCUACAGGCACAGGGAUCUUUCGGCCAUAAGAGAAGGAAGCGUCCGUUUGAUGCCAGAAAUGUAGCAGAUUCAGGUCAGCCUCCUUUGAAAAGACAACUUCUCUUAGAGUUUGACCGGACAUUAGAUACAAAGACCUCAGGCCUCGCACCACUUAAAAGCUGUCCAAACGGAACUUUAAGAGACCGGCGUGUCUUCAGUUACAAUGUCCACCUCAAGCCAGAUGUCACUGGUCCAGAUUGGCAUCCUGUGGACCAAAAGUCAGAUGACCUCAAGCAAUCAUGUUCAACUGUAUCUGUCCAAAAUAGACGUAACUCAGACCCUAAAGAAGGGGUGUUUGUGCCCCCUUUUCAAAAGGAUAUGAAGACCGAGACAUCAAACUGUCAAGAUGUCUCUACUGAAGUGUCCACUGGUUUUAUCCCACAUUUCAAGAAGGAGAACAAAGAAACAACUGAACAUGGCAAUCAAAUAGACCAAAAUAUGACAACUUCUGUAUCACAUAGUGACAAUGUUGCACAAUAUUGUGAUAGGAAGAACCUACAUGAGGGUUCUAACCCUCAACCAACCACUUCAGUGGAAACCAUACCAUUAAAAAUCAUGGACUCUGAAGAGAAAGACACAGAGACAUGCUGGGAGACCUUGAACCUAGCUAGGGAUAUGCAAGACAUGAGACUCAGAAAGAAGAAAAGGCAGACUAUUCGUCCACUAUCUGGCAGCCUUUACCUUGCUAAGACUUCUGGUGUCCCUAGAAUAGGUCUGAGAGAUGCUGUGGGGCGCAAAUGUCCUGGUCAAUACACACAGGAGGAGCUGAAUCAGCAUGGUGUACAUCACAAGGUCUCACUAAUAACAAGUGAAAAUGCUGAAUCAUUCAGAUUUGACUGUAAUGACUUCUUCAAAUGUGAGCUCCUCAUGGAGACUGGUGCUGUCCAACUGGCUGAUGGAGGCUGGUUGGUUCCAGACAAUAAGGGUACUGUGGGCAAAGACGAAUUUUAUAGAGCACUGUGUGACACACCUGGUGUUGAUCCCAAACUGAUCAGUGAUGCAUGGGUAUUCAACCAUUACCGAUGGAUUGUAUGGAAACGGGCCUCCAUGGAAAGAACGUUUCCAGAUUUGAUGGGUAAUCUAUGUUUGACUCCAGCGCAAAUACUUCUGCAGCUAAAAUUCAGAUAUGAUGUGGAGGUGGACCACAGUCAGCGAUCCGCUCUCAGGAGGAUCAUGGAGAGGGACGACACUCCAGCUAAGACAUUAGUGCUUUGUUUAUGUGGUGUUGCUCAAACUUGUCAACAUCCAGAAAAGCCAGUGAAAGAUGACAAAUCUCCUAAUGCAAAGAUGGAGUCCUGUGUGGUCUGGCUCACAGAUGGCUGGUAUUCCAUCAAAGGCCUGUUAGACCCUCCGCUCUCUGCCAUGCUGAACAAGGGCCGUCUCAGAAUCGGUGAUAAGAUUGUGACCAGUGGAGCCGAGUUGGUUGGUUCACAAGAAGCCUGUCCUCCACUGGAAGCUCCUGAAUCUCUGAUGCUAAAGAUUUUAGCCAACAGCACAAGACGAGCUCAGUGGGACACUAAGUUGGGUUACUAUCGUGACCCUCGGCCUAUCAGCUUUCAACUAUCAUCACUGUUCACUGCUGGAGGUGUUGUGAGCUGUGUGAACAUUGUGGUGUUAAGAAGUUACCCCACUCAGUGGAUGGAGAAGAAGCCCAACGGUGUCUUUAUAUUUCGCAACGAUCGUACAGAAGAUCGAGAGGCCAGAAAACACAGCAACUCCAAGCACAAAUCCAUGGAUUUUCUUAUUUCCAAAAUACAGACCCAGUUUGAAAAAGAAAUGGAAGGUAACAAGAAAAGUCGAGACCAAAGGAGGACAUUUAGUCGACAUGAGGUUGAAGCUCUGCAGGAUGGGGAAGAGUUGUAUGAGGCAAUGGAGCGGGAUCCUGCUGUUGAGACCCAUCUAUAUGCGAGUCAGAUGGAUGCAGUGAGUAAGUACAGAUGCUGUUUGGAGGAAAAGAGGCAGGCGGAGCUGCAGGAGCGUGUGCAGAAAGCUGUGAUGGAAGCCCAGGAGGCUGAGGGUGGGUGUCCCAAUCGAGAUGUAACUCCUGUUUGGAAGCUCAGCAUUACCGAUGGCAAAGAUCUGCAGAGCGACUGUGUUUACACCCUGAAUAUCUGGCGCCCAUCGCAGGACUUGUAUGGGUUGCUCAGAGAGGGCCACAGAUAUAGGGUAUAUAAUCUUGCCACAUCAGAGGGGAAGAAACGCUCAGGCAUUGCUCACAUCCAGUUCACUGCCACCAAGAAAACACUCUUCCAGGAUGUUGAGGUGUCUCCAGAAUGGGUGCAUCAGCAUUUUCGUGCUCGAGAAUGCGUACGCUUCAAAGAACUUCAAAACCCUCAAUUCAGUUCACCUUGUGGGGAGGUGGACAUAGUGGGAUGUAUUGUCUCAAUAGAAGGCAAACAAGGCCAUUGCCCAUUACUGCAUCUUGUGGAUGAGAACUUUGACCUGGUCUCUGUGAGAACCUACAGUAGUCUGGAGCAGUUAGCUUUAGAAGAGCUGGUAAAGCCGCGAGCACUGGUCGCUCUUAGUAAUCUUCAGGCGAGGCCAUACUCUGGACCUGUGCCAAGCCUUUAUGCAGGAGAACAAGCAGUAUUUUCUGUAAACCCCAAAGAAUCCCAUCUGCAAGAAGCUAUGACCCGUCUAAAGACUUUUGUCCAGACUUGUGAGCAUUUUUUUAGCAUUGUGGAGGAGAAGGUCUCAGAUGUGGUUCCUUCAGGUGUCUUGGGUUCAUUUCAGUCUCCAAGAACUCCUCGUGUGCAGUCUAAUCCAAAAAUUAAUUGCAGGGUAACCCCACAGCAGAAGAGCAGCAUUUUCUCACCUUUCACGCCACUGAAUAGGAGAACUCCUGCAUCUGCAUGUAACAGCGAGGGAAAAGACCCCAAAAGUUUGAAAAGAAGGCGCGGUUUGGACUACCUGUCACAUAUCCCAUCCCCUCCACCCCUCACUCCUCUGAAAAAUACAGCUUCUCCCUGCAUUAACGGGACUUUCAAUCCACCAAGGAGAUCUGUGACUCCCAAACCUCCACAGAAUGAGUCACCUCGAGCCUCAUGUCCCCCACCAGGCGAGGAGAAGUGGGUGCAUGAUGAAGAGCUGGCGAUGAUAGACACCCAGGCGUUACUGGAAGGCUGAUGGGAAAAGUGUGAUUCUCCUGUUGAAACACUAAAUUUGCCUGGUUUACUGUGGUUCUCUGAUGGUAAAUGACAUGAAAAAGAUGCACCUUUUUACAAUUACUGUAAUCAUUUUUAAAUUCUUGUUUUACGUGACUGUACUACUAUAGUACAGAAGUUAGCAAUGCUCAGGGGGAAAAAGUGUAAAGUAUAUGUAAAAAUGUUUAUAUUUUCAUUUUUAUUAAAAGAUGGAAAAUUUUGUACAGAGGUGACAUUAGCAGCAUUUGCUAAGACAAGCAUCACUUACUGAUAUUGCUAUACUGGAAAAAUAUGAAACUUUUGCACUAACAUGCACUGUUUGUGCAGCUUAGUAAGAAGAGGUAUGUUAUUUUUAUGUUUGUAUGCUUUUCUAAGGAUUCCGAUUUACAUUUUUGUGAUGAAUGACUAAAAAACAGACUUGCAAACAUGGAAGGACUUGGGCCACAAAUAAUAAUGACUUGAUAGUGCACUAUUAGUAAGUAACCACCUAGAAUGCCCUAGCAUCAUUGUACAAUUAAUUUUGCACUGGCGCUCACUUGAUAUUUUUCAAGGACUGUAAAAAUCUAAAACUAAAAUUGAUAUCACAAUCUGUUGUUUCGAUAUAUUUCUAUUAAUGAACAGCAGGUGGCGCCUUAACACUUGCCUUUGACUUGCAGCGAACGGUUCAACUCAGUAGGAAGAUUGUGAAAUCCUAUCUGCCAUUUUCAUAUUAAAUCUGAAGUAAUGAGAAUGGAACAAUAAAUAUGAAUAUAUUGCUUAAUAACCACCAGAUAUUGGCAGCAUAGAAAGCAAUGGGUAUGACAAACAAGUAUGACAUACUUCUCUUGAUCUGGGGUGCGUUUCCCAAAACCACCGUUAGCUAACUAUGGUCGUUAGUUCCAUUGAAUUCUGUUAGCAACGACAGAACUUGACCAUAGUUGCUUUUGGGAAACGCACCCCUGGCUGGCAAACUCACUGUCAUGCUUAGACCGCAAAGACAGAC